AUGGAGCAAGAUUACUGUGGAUUCUUCCAUAUGAUACAUCAACCAACUUUUCCUUAUAUAGGGCCGGAGGGAGUAGAUAUAAUUGAAGAAUGUGGUUUGAUCACAUCCUAUCCUAGUGUCAGUGGCCAUGUUGUCAAACCACAUCAGUCAAUAUCUCUAUUAAUGCUCAAGUUAGCAGAUGGACUUGCCACAAAAGAAGCAAAGAGUAAUGUUAAUAACUUGCACUCUAACCCAGGGCCUGCAUUCUCUGCUGUACUGAGUUCAUACGGUGCAGUGAAAUGUGAUAUUUUUGUGGGAGAUUGGGUACAGGACCUAUCUGGUCCAAUGUACACAAAUGAGAGCUGCCAUCUGAUUCAAGAUCCUCAAAACUGUAUCAGAAAUGGACGUCCUGAUUUGGGGUACCUUUACUGGAGAUGGAAACCAAAGGGCUGUGAAUUACCAAAGUUCAAUCCAAAGGAAUUCCUUCACAUUAUGAGGAAUAAAUCAUGGGCCUUUAUCGGCGAUUCAAUCUCUCGCAACCAUGUGCAAUCUUUACUUUGUAUUCUCUCAAAGGUUGAAGAAGCUAAUGAGGUUUACCAUGAUGAGGAAUAUAGAUCAAAAAUAUGGAAAUUCCCUUCUCACAACUUCACACUCUCAGUAAUAUGGUCACCUUUACUUCUCAAAGCAGAUAUAUUUGAAGACAAUAAUGGAGUUUCCUCCAAAGAAAUAGACCUUUAUCUUGAUAUUCUAGACACCAAAUGGACUAAUCAAUUUAACAAUUUUGAUUAUGUUAUAAUGGCUGGUGGAAAAUGGUUUCUCAAGACUGCAAUAUACCAUGAAAACGGCAUGAUAACCGGCUGCCAUUACUGUCCUGGAAGGAAUUUAACAGAACUAGGAUUCGACUAUGCAUACCGCAAAGUGCUGCAGAUGGUGUUUGAUUUUUUGACGAACACAAAUAACAACACUACUGUUUUAUUCAGAACAACCACACCAGAUCACUUUGAAAAUGAGCAGUGGUUUAAUGGAGGGUAUUGCAAUAGGACAGUGCCUUUCAAAGAGGGUCAAAUUGAUAUCAGUAAUGUAGAUUCUAUUAUGAGAGGUAUUGAACUUGAAGUGUUUAACAAGACUGCUGCGACGUCGCCAGGUGAAAACUUGAAACUUUUUGACACAACUUGGCUCUCAUUGUUGAGACCUGAUGGGCAUCCGGGACCGUACCGCUUUUUUCAUCCAUCUGGAAAUGGUAAAGUACAGAAUGAUUGUUUGCAUUGGUGUUUGCCAGGACCAAUUGAUUCAUGGAAUGAUUUAUUGAUGCAAAUGCUGUGAUCAUUUAUGCAAAUAUACCAUCACAGAAUCUUCUUACAGUUUGAAUAAGAUUGAACAUAUUAUAUAUGCCAGAUGAAAGCAAGAUUAAACUGAAUUGAAUUGAAAAAAACAAUCAAAUAAUGUAUACAAAUGUGUGGAAUAGGAGUACAUUAGCAUAGGAAAACAAUGAAACUAGGACACCUCAUAUCUUAGGUAAAGGUGAAUGUGUAAAGUAUGAUAACAGUACAAUUUGAGGAUGAAAAACUAAGUUAGAGAAACCCAAAAUUUCACAUUCAACUGCUGGAAGAUUCAUAUAAGUUAGAGA